CUGGAGAUGUCAACUCCUUCGAGCAAGAGCCUCUGCUUGCCUUCGUCUCUCUUGAUCUACAAAGAGGCUAAGAUUAUGGAAAAACAGGGCAUCGUCACCAUUCUCCGUUCAGACUGUGAAAGAACCAAAGCUGCUUCUCUCCGAAGAACCCAAUCCGCAGAUAUGUCCUCCAAGAAAUGGCUGGCUCAAAAUGGGUUCUCUCAGGCCAUGAAAAAGAUCUCCUCUGAACAACUUUUGGUGUCUUUAGCAGAUUCAUCUUCCUCGUCAGGAAAAGAGGACUGUGAAGAAAGGAAGGAUCAGCUCGAAGGGAAGGAGCAGAAGGAAGAGCUCGAGAAACCGGGACAAUUCGAUACAUGGAGCUCGAUUUUAUCAAAAAAGGACAACCAGGACACACCAAAAGUACUUCCGCCGCCUUAUACUCACCCUCUUGCGAAGAGAGCAGAGAGCUCUUUGAGCGAACAGAGUCUCGAGAUAUGCACGGAGAGUCUCGGAUCGGAGACCGGCUCCGACGGUUUCUCAUCAGACCCAUCAUCGGAGACGGAGGACGUGGAAGAGGAAAAGGAGGAUGAGGAAGAACAAGAACAAGAACAUGAUCUGAAGGUGUUCUCUCAAGCUUUUGAUCAUACAGAGGAAUUGAGGGUGGCAAAAUACCAUUAUGCUUCUACUCAUCAGAAAUCAAAGCCGAAAUCGUUCCCUCCACCUCUUCCUUCUCUCUCUCGUAAAGAUGGGGCGUCUCUCCUCAUGCAGACUCAUCGAGACAACGGACGAUUAGUCCUUGAAGCUGUGACCGUGCCUUCGCAAAACCAGUUCCACGCUGAACGGCAAGAUGGCCGCCUCAUCCUAACUUUCCUCAGUAGUCCCUCGAGUGAAGAUGCCAAAGAUGAAAAAUCGGAUGACGGCGAUCAGCAACAGGAGGAAGAAGAAGAAGAGAAAGUUAACAAAGAAGUGUUCGAAGAUAAAUUCGAGGACUUUGAGGAAGUUAAUGACGACGACGAAGGAGGACACGUGGAGAACGAGCCGGAAGGUGAAGAAGUUGAGAGCUUUGGUGAUGAAAAUGUACCCAAAGGAAUGGAAAUAGUGAUAAUCGAGAAAGAGCCAAAGUUGUCAAGUAGGGCGAUAAACGUCCAUGGAUUAGCUCUAACGGUGAACAAGCCGAUUAGAAUAGCAGAUAUGAUGAAUCCUUCAGUGACGAAAUGUCUUCCACCACACCCACUCGUGGCUCGGCUCAUGCCCUUAUCACCACAUGACGCAGCUUCCUCAAGUACUGCUGCUGCAGCAGUAGCUUCUUUCAAUUCUUACGAGUACUACUGGUGGGCCGAACCUACUGCGAACCCAAUUACUCAGCAAUUACCAACAGCCCUCCAAAGCAAUGGAAACAAACCCAUUAUCUCUAAGAUUCCAAUGCAUGAGCAGCGACAGCUCUUUGUUGUGAGAGGAAACAAAGGAGAUUACUCGGGUCCUUUGGUAAACCUAAAAGGCUGCAAGGAGCCUAGAAGAUCUCUUCUGUUAUGGGAGCCCAAUUGCAUUGCCACCUCCUGA